UAUUCUUUAGUUUAGUUGAAUAGUCAACUAUUGAGUUGUUAUUUUAAAAAUUUGUGCAUUAUUAAUUAACACCAUGGUUAGGAUUAUAUUUUUAACUUUCGUAAUUUUGUUUGGUGUUUACUUAACAGAACAAGCAUCAUUUUUAUCACAAGAUUACAUUGAUGAAAUAAACUAUGUAGCUACAACAUGGAGAGCUGGUCAAAAUUUUCAUCCAAAUACACCAAAAGAAGCAAUUUUGAGGUUGUUGGGUUCUAGAGGAGUUGGAGCUGCUGCUAAAACAAACGGUCCAUAUAAAACCAGCGAUCCCAAUUACGUAUCGGAGAACAGAAUUCACAAGAAAUUUGACGCGAGAAAAUAUUGGCGCCACUGUAAAACGAUAGGCGCAGUUCGCGAUCAAGGAAACUGCGGUUCUUGUUGGGCUUUUGGCACUACAGGGGCAUUCGCAGACAGACUUUGCGUGGCAACAAAUGGAGAUUACAAUCAACUCGUGUCCGCUGAAGAGCUAGCUUUUUGCUGUCAUACUUGUGGUUUUGGAUGUAAAGGAGGUUACCCGAUUAAAGCUUGGGAGUAUUUUAAAAGACACGGCGUUGUUAGUGGUGGCAACUACAACACUACCGAUGGAUGUCAACCGUACCAAGUUCCGCCUUGUCUUCAUCAUCAAGAAGGAGAAGGUUCGUGUGAUAGCCAACCAAGAGAAAGCAAUCAUAAAUGCUCCAAACGUUGUUACGGUAACGAAACGAUCAAUUACAACAGUGAUCACGUGAAGACUAGAGACGCGUAUUACCUUACAUACGACUCUAUUCAAAAGGACGUGCAAACUUACGGGCCAAUCGAAGCAUCAUUCGAUGUAUACGACGACUUUUUGAAUUACAAAAGUGGGGUUUACGCAAAAACUGAAAACGCGACAUAUUUAGGAGGACAUGCUGUUAAGUUAAUUGGAUGGGGAGUCGAGCAUGGUGUAAGUUAUUGGUUAAUGCUCAACUCUUGGGGUUAUGAAUGGGGACAAAAUGGACUUUUCAAAAUACAAAGGGGCACAAAUGAAUGCGGAAUCGACAAUUCAACUACCGGGGGAGUACCUUAUAUAUAAUAUGUUCACAUAAAAUAAUAUUUGUUAUUUUAAAUAAAUUGAUUUCAAUUUUCAAA